AAAAAAGCUAGCCUAGCUACCAGCCAGAUAAACACUCAGCGGUGGCUUGCGGACUCGCAGCAGUGACAUGGCGGCACAGUUAGCCAACGCUAACGUCGUUCCACCGACGCCUUCGCGAAGGUCAGCUCGGCCCAUGACGCACAGAAUCUAACACCGAAGAGGACGGACGACUCAAGCGUUAACACCUUGCAAAAGUGGACGAUGCUUUCCCGAUGUUGUCGUCUUGCAGCGAUGGCCUGAGGGACUCUGCGCACUGAAACCAAGACGCUGAUAUGCAUUGAGGAUGAGUGGCAUCGGGGAAAACUCGUCCGACCCUGCCAGGGCAGAGUCGCGAAAACGUAAAGAAUGUUCUGCUGAACUUCUUGGACCAAGUCCCAAGCGGAGCAAUGAGAAACGCAACCGCGAGCAUGAGAACAAGUACAUCGAGGAGCUCGCCGAGCUGAUCUUCGCCAACUUCAACGACAUCGACAACUUCAACGUGAAGCCCGACAAAUGUGCCAUCCUGAAGGAGACCGUGAAGCAGAUUCGGCAAAUCAAGGAGCAAGGUGCGCAGAAAGCAGCCGCCACCAGCGAGGAGGAGGUGCAGAAGGCCGAUGUUUCAUCCACGGGCCAGAGCGUGAUUGACAAAGAUGCCCUGGGACCCAUGAUGCUCGAGGCCCUGGACGGCUUCUUUUUCGUGGUGAACAUGGAGGGCAACAUCGUGUUUGUGUCCGAGAACGUGACGCAGUACCUGCACUACAACCAGGAGGAGCUGAUGAACACCAGCGUCUACAGCGUGCUGCAUGUCGGAGACCACGCCGAGUUCAUCAAGAACCUGCUGCCCAAAUCCCUCGUGAACGGCGUGCCGUGGUCCAGCGACGGCCCGAGACGCAACAGCCACACCUUCAACUGCCGAAUGCUGGUCAACCCGCACAGCGAGAGCCCCGAGCACGCGCACGAGCAUGAGCCGCCGCAGCAGCAGAAGUAUGAGACCAUGCAGUGCUUCGCCGUGUCGGAGCCCAAGUCCAUCAAGGAGGAAGGCGACGACUUCCAGUCGUGCCUGAUCUGCGUGGCUCGCCGGGUUCCCAUGAAGGAGAGGCCCAUGUUGCCCACGCACGAGAGCUUCACCACACGCCAGGACCUUCAAGGCAAGAUAACCUCCCUGGAUACCAGCCUGCUGCGGGCUUCCAUGAAGCCGGGCUGGGAGGACCUGGUGCGGCGUUGCAUCCAACGCUUUCACCUGCAAAACGAUGGCGAGAUGUCCUUCGCCAAACGACAUCAACAAGAAGUGCUUCGCCACGGCCAGGCGUUCAGCCCCAUCUACCGCUUCUCCCUUUCGGACGGAACCAUCGUGUCGGCCCACACCAAGAGCAAACUGGUGCGCUCCCACGUCACCAACGAACCGCAGCUUUACAUGUCGGUGCACAUUCUCCAGAGGGAGCAGACGGUUUGCGGCAUGGGCCAGGACAUGGGUCCUGGCACCCAGUCUACGGGCAUGGCUCCCAAGCCCAUGAACUCCUCUACCCCAUCCAUGACUCCCCCUACCCCGGGCAGCUUGCCAGGCGCAGGACCUCAGGGCCAAGACCUCAGCAACAGCACGCCUUUCUCCCCGCCGUGCCCCACCGGCCCCAGAGAGCCGGCAGCCAUGGGGGGACACGUACAGAGCUACCGCUACGGCUGCCCCCCGCUGCACAGUCACGCGGGGGGGAUGCAGCCGCCGCAGCAGGGCCAGAACUGGAGAAUGAACAGUCCCUCCCGCGCCAGCCCCAGCCCGGUGAGUGGCCCGCAUCCGUCUCAGCAGAACUGCAUGCUCUCCCCCAGGCAUCGCGGCAGCCCCGGCGGGGCGGGCAGCCCGCGUGUCGGCCUGCAUUCUCCCUCCCCGGUGGGGAUGGGUGGCGGCGCAGCUGGCAGCGGCUACACCAGCAGUUCUUUGUCGGCCCUACAGGCCCUAAGCGAGUGUCACGGAGUCGGUCACGGGCACACGCUGGGCUCUCCCGAUCGGAGGUUAGGCUCCCCGGCGAGCGCUCCGCCGGGAUCGGGGGCUCAUCCCAUGUCGAGACCGGCACCGGGUUCUGCGGACUCUUUUGAAGCGGGUCAGAGCGGGCACGCGGCGGGCCCGACGGAAAAUAACCCGUUGGAUCCAAAAGACGAGCGCGAGGACGACGCUCACUCCCGCCUUCACGACAAGGGCCACACCAAACUGCUGCAGCUGCUCACCAACAAACCAGAACCUCUGGAGACGCCCCUGUCACCCAACGGGGGGUCCGAGGCGAAAGAAGGGGCCGGCAUCCGCGGCGGGCUCACCGGAGUUACGACGCAUGCCACAUCCCUCAAGGAGAAACACAAAAUCCUCCACCAGCUGCUCCAGAACAGCACGUCUCCUGUGGACCUGGCCAAGCUCACCGCCGAGGCCACCGGGAAGGAGCUGGGCCAGGAGCAAGGCCAGGGUGCUGCCGGCGCAGAUGGCGCCCCCAAGCAGGAGCCCCUCAGCCCCAAGAAGAAGGACAACACUCUGCUGCGCUACCUACUGGACAAGGACGAUGGCGGAUUGAAGGACAAGCCGCCCAAACUGGAACCUGGGGAGGUGAAGGCGGAAGGGGGCAAACACCCGCUUGUCAAAACGGAGAAAGCAGAUGUCGGCUACGAUCAAGCUGAACAGUCGUCAGAACUGGAUGACAUCUUGAACGACCUGCAGAAUGCCCAGCCGCAGCUGUUCUGCGAGCCGCGGCCCGUCUCGCUGCCCAGCCCCAUGGACAAGCAGAACAUCAUCAACGACAUCCUGCAGAUGUCCGACAACAGCUCGGCCGCGGCGGCGCAGCAUCUGCAGCACAAAAAUGUGACCGCUGGCAUGGGGCCCACCAAUUUCGGGGGCAUGCGGCCGGGCCCGCAGGGCAGGGCCGGGCCGGCGAGGAGUGUGUCGUUGGAGAUUAGCGCGUCGCCGCAGUACCCCAUGAGGACCACCAGCCCGUACACGCUAGUUCAACAACAACAACAACAACAACAACAGCAGCAAAGCAUGGUGGGAGGACAUGGCAUGAUGGCGAGCCAGACCAACAUGGUUGUCCAAGGCCUCAUGGGUCCAGGCGCUCCUCGACCGGGUAUGCAGCAGCAGCAGGAGGGCUGGGUGGGCUCAGCCUCGGCUCCGCAGCUCGCCCAGGGUCGGAUGGGCCCCGGCGGCGCUCCCUUGAGGCCGGGAGGACCGCCGGGGCCUCGGCAAAUGCUCCAGACUUCCAUGAUGCCCAACGCUCAACCUGACUUGGACAUCAGUAUGGUCGGCCACUUCUCCCAGCAGCAGCAGCAGCAGCAGCAGCAGCAGGCUCCGCCCAAUCAGACGGCGCCUUGGCCGGACAGCAUGAUGCCCAUCGAGCAGACGGCUUUCGUCAACCAGAACAGGUCGCUGCACCCGACUCCUCAGGAGGACUUGUGCAGCAUUGGCCUCGGCGGCGGGCAAGGGGGACCGUUGGACGAGGGGGCCCUCAUGUCUCAGCUGUACACGGCACUGAAGGAUUUCGACGGGCUCGAGGAGCUGGACCGGGCACUCGGCAUCCCCGCGCUGGUAGAACAAAACCAGACGCUAGACCAGGACCAGUUUCCGCAGGACCACUCCUCAAUGAUGCUGGAACAAAAGCCCCCCAUGUACGCCCCUCAGCAGUUUGGCCCGCCCCCGUCACAUCUGACGCAGAGGGGUUACCCUGGCGCGCCCAUGCAGGAGCCGCCGGGCUUCCACCCCAUGGCCGCCCAGAUGCCGCCGCGUCCCGGUUACCCGAUGAUGAGGAUGCAGGCCCGAGCGGGACUCAGGCCUAGCGGGGUGGUAGCCAACCAGCCCAACACGCUGCGGCUACAGCUGCAACAUCGGCUACAGUCACAGCAGAACCGACAGCCAAUGAUGACUCAGAUGAGUAGCGUGUCAAAUGUCAACCUACCUCUCAGAUCCAAUGCUCCUAACCAGGGGACCAUCAACGCCCAGAUGCUGGCGCAGCGUCAGCGCGAGCUGCUGAGCAACCACCUGCGACAAAGGCAGCAACAGCAGCAGCAGGUUCAGCAGCAGCAGCAGCAGCAGCGGAGCAUGGCCAUGAGGGCGCAGGGCCUCAACCUGCCGCCCAACAUGAGUAGUCCGCGGAUCCCCCAGGCCAACCCCCAGCAGUUCCCCUACCCGCCCAGCUACGGUACCGGUACAGGCCUGGCCUCGUCACCUCCCCCUAGCAGCCCCUUCUCCUCCUCCUCGCCUCUCUCCUCCCCCAGCCUGCCGUCCCUCCCCGCCAACCCCCAGCUGCACUUGCAUGGCACCUGCUCCUCUUCCUCUUCCUCCUCCUCUUCCUCCUCCUCCCAGCAGAUGAUGAUGGGAAACACAAAUAUGAUGGGCGGACAGUACAGGGCCGUACUCAGCCCCCAAAUGCAGCACAGUGCCUUUCAGUUUCCCAACUCAGGUAUGAGCCAGCAGGCGGAGAGUGGCUUCGGUGGUCCCGGAGCCCCACCCAGCCCUCUGCUGUCCCCACGGGUGACGCACGCCCAGCAAUCCCCCAUGAUGCAGCAGGGCCCGGGCGGCACCCCCUUCCAGGGCUCGCCCGACAUCAACGGCUGGAAUCAGGGCAACGUGGCAGGGAGCAGUAUGUUCUCACAGCAGCAGGCGUCCCCUCAGUUCACCCAGCAGCAGCAGCAGAGUAACAACAGCAUGUACAACGGCGUCCCCGGAAUGGCUCAGAUGGGCGUGACGUCCAUGUCGUCGCCCGGUUUACCCUCCAUGGGACAAGAGCAGAAAUACUGUUGACUCGUAUUGAGUUGGACCUCAGCCGGAGCAACAACAACAAAGUGUACAAAUGUGUAAGCGAGCCACGGCCCUCAAAGAUGACAAAAUACAGCCAGGCUUUCUGUCUGCAUUCACCGUUGUGUGACUUACUGUAGCCCCCCCCCCCCUCCCCGUGCCCUGAUGAAUGUAUUCCUCUCAGCGGACUGCGGCUAUUUACAAUCUCAUCUCAAAUACCCCCCCGCAAAAAAAAAAAAAAGAGGAAAACCUGACUCUUGGUGGCUUCUCCCACAGACGAACUUUAGCCAGGUUUUUUUCUUAUCGUACGACGGACGAUGAUUAAUAUUGUCCUCGUCAGCGAGGGGGGACAAAGUCGUCGGAGACACACUGCAGAAGAAGAAUGAUUUGAGGUUUACAUCCUGUAUUAAAUUAAGUUUUAUUUUUUUCUGUAUAGAUUCUGUUUUAAUAAGACUUAAUUCCUGUAGAUGGCUUUAUCUUUGUAGCAUCUGAGACUUUAAAGAGACUAUGAUAAAAAAAAAGUCCAAAUUGAAUGAACUGUAUAUACCAAUAAGUAAUACCACGGUGGGGUUAUUUUUUCCUAUUUAUUAGAAUUUUGUUUUGUUUUUGUUUUUUUAUUUGAAGGGAGAGGGGGAAGCACCCCAACUGCUCACUUCAUCAUAUUUCUUUGUUUUCAGCUUAUCCGGUACAAAGCAGAACAGGGCGGGACCGCGGUGUAUACAGUGUACAGAUGAUAUUUGCUUCUUGCUUCUCUUUGCCUUUAGCGUAGACCACCACUAAACGAGACCGGUCGAGUCAACACAGCCAUACGAUAACUUUGAAUUGAAAAACAAAAUGUUAAAAGUGCUUUCUAUGUUGUCUGGAGUUUCAAAAAAAAAUAAUGCUUCAUACAAGCUGCUAGGUGCAUUUUUUGGUGUCAUGUAAACGAGCAAUAACUUUUUUGGGGGGUGAUUUUUGUACAGUUUCUUAAAUAAUUGAAAAUAAGGACACCUUUUUUUGGGCUGUGUGUUUGGAUGCAGUAUUAAAACGCCCAUUUUUUUGUUUUUUUUAAUGUCAUUUGUCUCACACACAUUUUAGAUUAUUCGACACAGGCUUUUUGACAGACAGACAGCCAUAUUGAAAUGUCCUCAGGCAGUGAUUCACUUAAAAUGGCGCGAGAGUCUUUUUUUUUUGCGCCUCACUUUUUUUUAGAUUCGUUCAAUUACAGGGGUGGGGAACCUGCAAAUAUUCUCACAUUUUAAAAUUGUAAAAAAAAAAAUUAAGCCAAAAAUGCUCCACAGUGCAUAAUUAACAAUUGGUCCAUUCUGUUGUUUUCAUAUCACCCCUUUUGAGCGAAAUGUAUUCGCCAGUGCCUUUCACACGGGACCCUCAAUGACGUCAGUGGCCGUUGUGACAAUUGCUUUCAACGUAAUAGGGCGGGAGACGCAAGUUCCUUUUUUUUUUUUUUUUCUCCUCCCACCUCCACUAUUCCUUCUCACACCACCGCCAUCCCACUUUGAAUAUUCCAAUACUGGUUUUAAAAUCACUAAGCAAUCACUCUGCAGAUUUUUUUAUAUUAAUGUUUAUUUAUUUUUAUUUUUUUUUGCUUUGACUUGUAAGCCAAAAUGUGUUACGAGUGCUCAUUGGUGGCAGCGAACGUCACAACAAGCAGCGAUUUGGCAGCUCGCGAAUAAUUUGUCGAAAGGAAAUUGCUUCUCCAAUUUGAAAUGGAUUAAACCUAAAGCAAAAAAAUGCAACUUAAAAAAAAGUUGGGUUUACUUACAAUUUACAAAAAAAAGAAAAAAUAUGACGGUAAAUUGGGCAAUUCAAGUAAAUAUUCAGUUAUGCUGUUGUGAAAAUCAGCAUUCGAGUUAACUCGAAAUUCGAUUUAACAGAACUGUUGUGCCUUUUAAAAACAGCUGGGCAAAUUGUUUAGAGUAACCAACGUGUGGAGAAUAUUACUGGAGCUGGAGUGCAAUGCAACUCGAACAGAUAAAUGGCAUUUCCACUCAUCUCAAUGGGGAAUUGUGUUUUGGGUUACAAAUGAGGUCUCGGAAUCAAUUCAACUUGUAAGUCAAGGCGUCACUGUUCUUCCUCCAUUGCAUGUAGGAAUAUUUCACACAAAACAUAUUGAAUCUUCUUUAUAUAUAUAUAAUAUAUGGCCAUGUCUCGGAGAAACUGAAAACGGUUCCCCACACUUUUGAUCUGCUGCCACGCUGUAUGGAGAAAAGCCAAAUAACCCGAACACGCCUCAAUUGGAAAUCAGAAUUAUUAUUUUUUUGGGACACGCUUCCUAUAAUACCGAUGAUGUCAGGUCAACAGGGUCCAAUCAGAGACGGCGUUUGUUGAACAUAUCGUCAACGUCUCUUCAUUUGGCGUGCUCGCGCCGAAAGGUCCCUUCCAACUUCCUCGGCAAUCCUCGAUAAACACUUGUUUUGUUUUUAUUUUUUUAAAUUGUAUCAAAUGUGCCUCCUUGAGCCAUUUGGAAACGUUUUCAUCCCAGCCCGUUGCAAAAUUGCUUCCAAAGAACAUGUGGAGAAGCCAUGUGCAGGUGCAACGAUCACUUUCUGACCCCCCCAAAAAAACUGCUUUUCCUACUUGUAAUGCUCUUUUGUAUUGUCUGCCAAUUUCCUAGAGCUAAAAAUGAAAUGACAAAAAAAAACUAGCAAAAUGCCUUAGAUCUCGUCCGCUCUUGUAUAUUACGUGGCAGUGUGUAUACAUUUGUAUAAUGACUUGUACAAAACAAACCUGGUGUGACGUUAUGAUCCACGAGGAAGUGCUAAAUAUGUUCAUGUAUUAUAACAACAGACUUUUUUCCCCCCCAGGAACGCUAAUUUGCUUUUCCACAGCUUGUGUGUGUACACGUUUUUUUUCUCCUCGAUUGUUCAUAAGAAUCACACUGUACCCCCGUCCCGCCCCCCUUGCAACCCAAGUGUGUGUGUGUGUGUGUGAUUGUUUUAUGCAAAGUGACAUGAGAAGUUAACCACAGUUAUGCAAGUUGUCAACUAAUAUGGCUUUGCUGAUGCUAUUUGCCUUGUAAAUAAAGAAUUAUCUUAUUGAGAUUUUUCA